GCCGCCCAACGAAACAAAUAGAGCGCCGUCGUAAAUAACACAAACCGUCCGACCACGUUUCGAGCGUGUCCCUCGUAGAAUUCACACGUGCGUACCCGCGCCAUUGUCAUCGUCGGCGACACAUCAAUUAUUUCGCGAUCCGCUCGCGGCGAGCUCCAUUUCGGCGCAAGAAAAAGAAAGAAAGAGAGAGAAAGCACGACUCCGCGUGUUCGCUCGCGGUAGCGUGAUUCCGCGCUUGCGGGAGAGAAAAAUCCUUCCUCUACCUCUUCCUCGUCGCUUGUACACUCGAUCUAGAGUAUCUAGCCUCGUGGUGGUCCUCGUCGUGCGCGAGGAGGUGGGAGCGCGGUGCCGGUGACAGGAGCUGUCAUCCAGAAGGAGACCGAAAGAAGGAAGAAUAGAGUGAGAAAGAGAGAGAGAGAAAGAGAUAGUGGUGUCGUCGCCGGGUUGACGACGCGCUCGUCGCCAAGAUGCGAUCGUGCGAGUCGCACGAGACUCGUCUGUCAGCUUCACGUAGCCAAUACUCGCGGUCCCACGCCUAGCUCCUCAUGCUAGUCUCGUCUUCCGAAUUGCUUGGGGCACAGCAUGAAGGAGAUGCUCGGAGGGUGCUGCGUGUGUUCUGACGAGAGGGGUUGGACAGAGAAUCCGCUGGUGUACUGCGAUGGACAGGGCUGCACUGUUGCUGUACACCAAGCUUGCUACGGCAUUGUCACUGUACCAACAGGUCCGUGGUAUUGCAGGAAGUGUGAGUCACAAGAACGUAGUGCUCGGGUGCGCUGUGAGUUAUGUCCGAGUCGAGAUGGAGCUCUUAAGAGAACAGAUCAAGCUGGAUGGGCGCAUGUUGUGUGUGCACUAUACAUCCCAGAAGUUCGAUUUGGUAACGUAACUACAAUGGAGCCAAUUAUAUUGCAUCUUAUUCCUUCAGAAAGAUUCAGCAAGACAUGCUACAUUUGUGAGGAACAAGGUAGAGGUAGCAGAGCAAACGUAGGAGCCUGCAUGCAGUGUAAUAAGACAGGCUGCAGACAGCAAUUUCAUGUAACUUGUGCACAAGCUCUGGGCUUACUUUGCGAGGAAGCUGGCAACUAUCUCGAUAACGUCAAAUAUUGCGGAUAUUGCCAGCACCAUUAUUCCAAAUUGAAAAAGGGCGGAAACGUGAAGACGAUACCGCCGUACAAGCCGAUACCCGCCGACAACGGUUCGUCGGACUCGUCGCCGGAGAAGGAGGCGGAGACGCCGAUCAAAUCGUCGAGCGGCAAACGGAAGAGCCUGAGCUCCAAGUCCACCGCGAAUUCUAAGAGUAAAUCCAAUGCUAGUCCCAGUUUAGAGAUAAAUGGCAUCGCGGACGAUAAGAGCGGCGGUAGCGGUCGUAAUACGCCCAAGGAUAAUUCCACGAGUUCCAGCAAGUUCACGACAUCUAACUUUGUAGAGACAAUAGUGACGCAGUCGGAGAGCGUGUUUGGACACGACGGCACCACCGGCACCGUUACCACCGUCGCCACGACGGCGGUAGCCGCCGCGAUGAAGACGAGCAGCAGCGGCAACUCGAACGCGGCGCACAAGAGCAUCGGCGGCCAGGGAAAGUCCAACUCGUCGACCUCCAAUAAGACGUCGAGCCACACCAGCAAGAAGAGGAAGACCGGAGCGCGUACGCCGACUGUCCUAGGAAGCGAGAACUCGAAUCAGUCGGUCAGCUCGGAGACGAGCGGAUCAGUCGUGGUGGCUGUUAGCACUGUCGUGCAGCAGACCGUCCCGAGCAACAAUGUGCAGCCAACGAUCACCGAAGCUACGAGUUUAAGUACAACGACAGAACCCGAAAAGUCAAAGAAGGAGAUGACAAGAGGAGGAAGAAUUAUAAGACAUAUUUUAAUUAGACCGAGCCAUUUCGUGAAAAUCCAAAUUCCAAAAAUAGAUAGCCCAAUCCAGUCAUCGUCGAGCACCCCAGUUGCUACAGAGGCAACAACUACACCUGUGAUAAUGACGGUGACGCAGUCUCAGUCGUCCUCGGUCGUCACCCAGUCGCCGACGACCACGUCGAACAGCAUCGUCGUCUCGGUACCGCUGACAGCCACCUCGCUCGCCAACACGGUCCAGAGUGUGGUGACCAGCGCGCCGACCAUUUAUCAACAGGUGCAGCAGAGCAUCAUCACCACGGCCGCGAACACAGAGCCAAGAUCCAGCGCGAUGGUGACCGCCGAGAGGUUCGCCACCGAGGAAAUCCCGCCAAAGCGGUCCCGUUCCCAAUCGUCGGAUAAGCAAGAGAAGUCUCGCAAACCGAAGCGUGGCUCGUCCAAUAGCCAAGCAUCACUGCCGCAAUCACAGACUACAGCCUCGUCAGUCGUAACUUCCAUAUCCAGCACUGCAGUUGUGGCGACGUCUAAGAGGGGGGCGAGGAACAACCAUCAAACUCCUCCGCCCGCCGUCACAGUGCCUCCAGUGACCUCGGUAACAUCAAUCAUUCAGGGCCCUGCGUCAGCUACUAUUGGACACUUCAGUAGUAUAAGUGGCACAGGCCCAUCGAACAUUAUGGGACCGACAGUCAAGGAGUCACCGCCUAGUAGUCCUGGAUCCGAAAGUAUGAGCAGUACUACCAGUAAACGAAAGAGGAAAGCUGCUGUGUCCACACCUAUUCCAUCUGCAUCGUCUACACCGACCACCCUUACUACAAUAAAGGAAGAGAACAACGUAAAAUUAUUUCAAAAUGGAGUUAGUGCACCGCAUAUGCUAGGAAAUCAGUUGAAUCCCACUUCAACGAUGGCGCAAAAGAUGUCGGAUACACUUACGCAGGAGCUUGAAGCCCAUUCUAUUUUUACAGAAGCGAGUAACUCCAAUACAAACUUGAUUGGACCGCAGCUGCACAGUAGAGUAAUUGCAUCUAUACGGUCUAGCCAACCAGGUGGACCGCCAACUUCGUUUUCUUCGGUCUUCUCGAGUGGAAGUAGUAUGAAUCCUAUAGCUGGUACUAGUGGGGCUCUAGGUGGUGGAGCAAUUCCACAGACACUGGAUCAACUUCUCGAAAGACAGUGGGAGCAGGGAAGUCAAUUUCUAAUGGAACAAGCUCAACAUUUUGAUAUUGCAUCCCUGCUUUCCUGCCUUCAUCAGUUGAGAGCUGAAAAUCUUAGGCUAGAGGAACAUGUAAAUAAUCUCCUUCAGAGGAGAGACCAUUUAUUGGCUGUGAAUGCUAGACUCGCUAUUCCGUUGACAACUCAACCUAGUUCACAUCCAGUGAAUAAUAUACAUCCAACGGUGAAUCCGUCUCAUCCUAAUGUCUCUCACUCGGAAGUGCCGCCUGGCGCCCCGGCUCCAGUACCUAGAUCGAGUCGCGAACCGCGAGUGAAUAACACGUACAUGCCUCACUCCAGUUCCAGUGCUCAUCCGACGACGUUGGAAAACGGUUUGCCGCCGGAUCCCUCCCCACCUGCGGCGGCCUCUCUCUCCCAGUAUCAGCAUCGUGGAUCAUUGGUCGCGCCGCAACCAAGCCCAACAAUCAGGCAUAGUCCAGCUGGAGCUGGAUACCUUCAAGGUCAGCCAAGCAACAUAGUGUCUCCGGCGCCGGCGAAUACUUCCGGCGUUGUGCGAAAUUCGUCUGUCACGCCGGAUCCGCUACGCGGAGUGCCGAGGUCGGCGUCGCAGUCGUCGAGCAAUUAUAUGCCGUCGAUGUAUCAACCCACCAUGUCCAGUCUCACCGGCAAUCAAGUGGGCAGUGUUCACAAUCUCCAUCCUCACGGACCUUCGCCGACCAGCCACGGGCCACCGGGUAAACCCAGCUGAAGGCAUCAUCAUAUGUGAACAGCAAAUCCACAGAUGUACAAAUCUUAGAUUGUAAGUUAAUCUAACGCGUUAAAUAGCAAUAAUACAGUAAGUGUACAUUCUCUAAUCGACGGUAAAAGCUGUGUACAUUUCUGGUGGUGCGAUAAAAGGAUACGUGUGGGAUUUUUCACAUACGCAAAAAAUACAAGAAUUCAAAAUCACAAGAAUUUUGCAAAAAAUACAAGAAAAAAAAUCAUGUUAUCAAUCUACUUCGAUACGUUUGUCGUAUCCAGAUUUGUCAUACGUUUGAUUGCAUCCAAUAAUUUGAAUUUAAUAUACACAAAUUUCUAUUCUAUAACUUGAGAGCUUGAUAUGCUUAUUAAGACAGCUAUAUUUCUUUAGCGCACCACCAUUGAGAUGUAUCGCAGCACUUGUAUUAUACGACAAUGAUGAUAUUGAGUGCAACCUAUUUCAAAGCUAAUAUUUAAUGUAUAUUCUAAUCUUACGCAUAAAGAAAAACGGAGAAUAUUCAAAUGUACAAGACGAGCACUGCCUUUCGCCAACAAGAGCUGUGAAGUAGGUUGAUCGCAAUUCGACAUUCUCUAGCGAACGCAUGAUCGUUUUGUUUAAACAUCUCAUUUGCUCUCUCAUUUCAUUUUCAUUCAUAAUUUUUCGAUGAAUUUCAUCGAUAUCACUUCUCAUCAGCAUCGCUGCGCAAAUCCUCAAAGAAAUGCAAAUGUGCCAUCGUUUGAUCUAUGAAUUAGAAACACUUUUAUUUCAAUGAUUUAUUAUUUAGUUAAUAAUUAUCUAAUUGCAUUUUAAUGACAAUAUAUAAGUCUAGGCUCAAUAAUAUUGGUGUUUUUAAAUACAUACAGAAAACAUAUUUUAAGUUUUCACUAUUGUCUAUAUAAUAAAAUUAAUUCAUAUUAAAGUCUGAUCAUUGCAAAAUAUUAAAUGACUUGAAUUAAUGAAUUCUGCACAUGUCAGAGUUUGUAUAUAAAAAUAAUAUUCUAUAGUAAUUACGAUAUUUCGAAAUAUAUACAUGCAACAAUUUGAGUUUGAUUUUAUAAUGAAAAAAAUACGAUUUUCUCUUUUUGUAAUAAAUCG